GGAAAGGUCUUGAUUAGUAGAAUAUAACAAGCAAAUUUGUUACAUUCAUAGACCAAACAACAGUGAGUAUUAGCGUGUGAAAUCCAAAUGUAUUUAGCAAAAUAAUGAUAUACAGACUUUCCAUCACAUUUUGGUUUAUUACUUCCUGUAAAAUAAACAUCAUGUAGAAAAAUAUAUAUUACAACUUACAGCAGGCGAUCCUGAAUCAAACAAGCCCUCACUCAACAUCACAUGUUGUGUAAAUCCAGAGAUGUCCCUCAAAGUGUGUCCUGAGAGCUACGGAAACAACAGGAAGACAUCCCGUGUGCUCAUGUUGCCUAAACAUGGUGGCACUCAUAUGCCCAACACCAUAUGUAGAGUAAAGCAGCUUUUUCUCCAGGACUCACAUGAUUGGUCUGGACUUCAUCUCAUUUUAUACAUAUUUUACAAUAAUACUACUACAAUAAUUUCUGUUUAAAAGUUUAGCAAUUAGCAAAAAUCACUGCAUCUAUAAGACAUUUCUAUCUCCAACAUGAGCUCUUUUAUUCUGUGUGUGCAUUUCAUCACUUCCACCAUAAACAUGUUUCUCUUCCACAGUUGUUAUUCUCUCUACGGUCUCUUGCUACUUCAGUCUGAUCACUUCAGUUCUAGUAUCACGUGAUUUUGAACAUGUUCAUGAUGUUUAUUUUCAAUUUCCCUUUCCUUUUCUUCUUUCCUUUGUGGUUAGUAUUUCCGUUUUAAUCAUUCUUGUUAGAUUUGAAAGGUCUACAGAGUGAACACGGCUGGAUAACACAAACCUUUCUUCUGUAUUAAGGGUGAAUUGACCUCCAAUCAUGUUUUACAGGAAUAUUUAGUGUCUGCUGUUUCAGUUUUAACUGCUUAUAUUGACCUCAGUGACUUCAACAUCAAAUUUCAUACAUUAACAACAUGGCGCAGAGACAACAAAGAGGAGAUGAAACAUUCACACAUAAAGCAGAAUUCAUUGAAGAGUUCAGAUUUAUUCUACUCGGAGCUAAAAAAGGUCUUAUGGAUCGAGCCUGUGACAUCAUCCUCAGAGGAAGAGGAGAACCCGUUAAUUCUGGAUUAUUUGAGCACAGAAAGGGUCGAGUAUCAAGAAGAAAGAUCUCUGUGGUGAAAACACCUUCCUCAUGGAUGAAUCGUUUGGCAUCAUUGUUUUUCCUCUCCUCAGGAGUUGAAUCUAUCAAGGAUGAGAUGUUAGAUUGUGCAUCACAGGUCUUUCCUGGACCUCAUGCCUUUCUGUUAGUGACUGACAGCCAACAAGCGACUGGAAAGGCAAAUUAUCUAUUAAAAGAAAUCGCAAAAGUGUUCAGCAAAGAGGCCUUAAACUAUGUUGUGGUUCUGUAUAUUGGACAAAAUAAUGCAGAACGGGUCAGUUCCAUCAGAAAUGUGAACAGGUUUCAUACUUUGGAAGACACUGACCAGAGUGUUGAGACUCUGUUCAGACACACUGAAAGAAUGAUUCAUAAAAACAAAUGCAAGUUCUUUAUUCAGAAAUCAUAUGAAACCCUCAUGAAAAAAUCAUUUUCAUCAUGGAAAAAGGACAAAAUGGCUGAAAUAAGACAAGAAACAGAGAAACCACUAAGGAAUGAGAUUAGAGACAUAAAACAACAGCAUGCACAAGAGAUGACUGAAUUAACAGAAAGGUUCACACUCACUGAGAAUAAUCUAAAGAAAGAAAUGGCAGAAAAAGAUGAACGGCAUGCACAAGAGAUGACUGAAUUGAAAGAAAGGUUCACACUCACUGAAAACGAUCUAAAGAAAGAAACUGCAGACAUGAAACAACAGCAUGCACAAGUUGUGACUGAAUUAACAGAAAGGUUCACACUCACUGAAAACGAUCUAAAGAAAGAAACUGCAGACAUGAAACAACAGCAUGCACAAGUUGUGACUGAAUUAACAGAAAGGUUCACUCUCACUGUGAAUAAUCUAAAUAAAGAAAUGGACGAGAAAGAUGAACGGCAUGCACAAGAAGUAAAUGCUUUGAAAGAAAAGUCCACACUCACUGAGAAUAAUCUAAAGAAAGACAUGGACACUUUGAAAUGUUUGAUGAUGGAUACUCUGAUAAAAAGUAAAGAUAUCAAGCAGGAGGAAACAGGUGCUUCAAGUGCUCAUGACAGUCCGUUAAUUAAAGAAUUAAAGGCUUGUAAAGACAGUGAGACCUUGAGAAACAUCUUUUCAUCAGUUGUUGAUGAGUUUAAUAAAAAGCUGGAGGCUUCUAAAGUGACAGAGAGCCGUUUGAGAGACAUGUACGCAUCCAUGCUUGAUGAUUACAUUCGUCGUGAGAAUCAACUUAAAACCGAUAAUCGGGAGUUGAAUAAAAAGUUGGAGGCUUCUAAAGAGACAGAGAGAUGUUUGAGAGACAUGUACGCAUCCAUGGUUGAUGAUUACAUUCGUCGUGAGAGUCAAUAUAAAACGGAUAUUGAGAAACUUCAAAAAGAGAUAAAAAAUGUCAUGGCAAAAGAGAAACAUCAGGAACAGAAACCAGGAGAGGCAGAAGAUGGAGACACACAUCACAUCAAACAGUUGGAGACAGAUUUCACUAGAAAAGAAACAGAUCUGGAUAACAGCUCGGCGUUAACUUCCCCUGCCUUGUCUGAAGACAAAGUCAGUCCUCUAGAUCAAAGAGAAGGAGAUUCACAAGCCAGUGGAUCGAGUGAGUCUGGACAUUCAAAACCUGUGCGACGGAACAGCCUUGACCGUACACGUCCUAACAUGUCUGAAGGCAAAGAAAAACUUCUAGAUGAAGGAGAUGCAGAGAUGAAGAGCAGUCCAGAACAUUCCCAAUCCAGUGGAAUGAGUGAGUCUGGAGACACACACCUGUAUGACAAGACAGCAAAGACUUCGCUGGAGAAGAAAAGAAUUCAUACAAAAAAUUUAGUAUGAAUAAUUUUUCUCAGCUUUCUGAAUAUACUGCAGGUAAUGCACCCCUAAAAUCAGAAGACUAGAGGACACACCCAUAACCCCAACCCUAAACCUAACCUUUUCCCCAUUCCUAAAAUCUGUUGAAAGGAACAGGGUCCCCAUCCACCUUGACCAAUGUUGUUUUUCAUGACUAGAAAACUAGAAAGACUUACUAGAAGAAUGCCUUUAGCCUCCUUAUUAGCGCACCCACCUCCCAUGCCGGAGACGCCGGUUGGAGUCCUGUUCGGAGCGGGGCCGGUUACAAUGGUGCCGUGACCCGGAUGUGAGUGAGGUUUAGGGGGGUGAGUGUAACGGGAGCCAGCUGGUAGAUAGCUGUGCAAUGUGUAGAAACCUCACUUUCCUGGCCUCAAGAGGUGCACUAGCUACUGACGCUAGAGGCUGUAGCCUUUAGCCUCCUUGUUAGCACACCCGCCUCCCACGCCGAGUCCCGUUCGGAGCGGAGUGAACAGGGCCGGUUACAUUUACAGCUGGUAAUAAGACGUGUUUAGGACGAUCCGAUUGCAAAUGGUCAGCGCUAAAUAUAGUUGUUAACGGGGUGCAAAAUGUAUUGUGCUCACAAAAAUCACAUACAGAUGUAGUCAAAAACCACAUCGCAUUUGAGGUUUGCCGUCCUGGAUGGCAGUAAAGCACCACCGGUGAGUGAGGUGGUGCUUUGUGACUUUUUACAGUUUACAGUUUUCCUCAUUGCAAGUCUGGUGAAACACUGUCAUCGCCUCCUUUUCUGUGAUAGGCUUAUAACAAAUUGUAGCAGUAAAGAUGUUUGGAGUGAACCUGCAGUUCUUUGCUGUCACAUUGAACGGGAACCGCUCUUAGAUGAUGACGCGGCCGGGAUAGACCUUUUUGUUUUUUGUCACGCAACAUGUGUGAGCUUUGGAUAUUUUUCUGCGCAUGGUUUUUGAAAAUGCGCAUGUUUUGUGAGGUUAGUUUAUUAAACCUUUCAAAGAAAUUCAAUCGUCUUCUUUAAACCAAAUAUCCACGUAUUUGCAGAUGAUAUAUGAUUAGAAGUUGUAUUGCUAUCAUUAGACAAGACAGUUAAAAUUACAGGGAGUAUUGAGGAGAAAAUACCAAAUAUCAGCCUCGGUGAUAUAUCAGUCGACUUUAAGCAAAACAAUUGCAGACAUUGAAUACAGCCGAUAAGAAUGUCGGUAAAGGUGUCUACAUGCAAUGUGGAAUUGGAAAAGAGUAGAGCCCGACCGAUAUGGGAUUUUUGAGACUGAUACCGAUUUUAGAAGUGGAAAAUUCACUGAUUACUGAUAUGAUGGCCGAUAUAGUUCAUCUUUGAGCUGGAAUAAAAGCAGAACUUUUCUAUGUGGAUUGUUCACUGAUUUUGCACCGAUAUGACUAUACAAAGGUUCUCAGAAGGCUGAUUCUUAAACAAAUAUUUUUAUCAAAGAAUAUUUGACAUUAUUAUUAUACAUGGUCAACAAAUUCUAGAAAUGUACACUGAGAAAAUAAAGAAUACAUAUCAGUACUGUAUGUGUAAUAUCAGUCAAAUGCUAACCAUUUAAAUAAAUAAAUAAAAAUAAAAUAAACUAGCUAAAUAAACAUCAGUACUGUUUAGUAUGAGUCAAAUGCUGACUAUUUUAAUACUGCCAGUCAAUUAUUGGCAGAUUGUAAAACAGGAAGCAUUUACACCUGCCGUGAUGAGAGAAAAAUUAGCGUUAGCGGUGUUACAUCGUAUUCUGCUAUACAGGUUUAGGGGAAACUUUCAACGGUGCAAAAUCAGUCAAUUAAAUAUUACACUUUAUAAAUGCAAUGACUGGAAUUGUUCGGUUGAAGGAGGCACCAAACUGUGAAUCCUGAACAAAACCGUUUGGUGAAUACAUGUUUACACAUUAGCUUCCACUCAAACUGACAAGCGAUGAAAGUAGCUACGUGGUUAGCUAGUUUGCUAUAAGCUCUGAGACAAACGAUGAACUUUAUUUACUUUCCAGCAUUGCGUCUCACCAACUAGGUAACAAUGUAUUGUGAAAUCAAUACUCAACAGACACAAUCCACCACCGCACUGUUGUCUGCUGAGCUGCAAAAAGAUGCUCUGAUGUUUACCUUUCAAUCUGCUACAUUACUGACUGCACUGAGAAACUAUAGCUGCUAUCAGCAAACAGACAUGAGUGACAUGGUUAUCAGGGACAGGGUUAAUGUUAUAUUAGUUAUACUGAACAGGGAAAAUGAUGGGGUCAUUGUUUAUUAACUUUCCAGUAUGUAUUUCAUAAACUAGUUAGCAACUUGCCGAGAAGACACUGCUUAACACCGCCCUGUCUGCAGAACAGCUCAGAGUCGGAGCGCGCUCUGCUGGACAAACUACGUAAUGACACCAAUUCUAAAGCAUUGUUUUCUGCAUUAUAUGUUCUGAAAUAAAGGUUUUCAUAUCUGUGCAUGUUGGUAAACAUAUACGACCAUACCGAUAUAUCGGUGAAAGGCUAAUAUCGGCCGAUAAUAUUGUCCGACCGAUCGGUUUUUACUCAAACUGCUACAUAAUAUUGCCAUAUUUGCAUAUAUAAUAAAGCAGAGGUCAGGUUCCUCUUAAGGUUUUUUCUCUUAACUAACAUUGAAAGGAGUUUUGUUUCCUUGCCACAGUCACCUUCAGCUUGUUACUGGGGGCUUUAAGACAUUAAGGCAUUAUUUUAAAUGAAGCUGCUUUGAAUCAAUGUGUAUUGUGAAAAGUGCUAUACAAAUAAAAAUGACUUGAAUGUAGACAAACUAAUUCUUCUCAAGAAAAACAUGAAGAAUGUGAGUUCAUGUGAGUUUUGUUAAUAAUGCAGUGCUGUUGUUUAAGUUACAUUAUUAUAGAGCUCUAUUAUAGACUCUAUUGUAUC